UCAAGCGUGAGACGCCUACGGGAAUACUUAGGACGGAAUCGGGGAAGUCCAGGAGGGCCUCGGUCGACUUCAAGUUCCUCAAGCAGGGUGAACCGGCGUCGCCCCAACCCUCAGUGGACCGGCUAUCUGUUACGUUUGCGGAGGACUCGGUCAGGAGUGAUAGUUCGACCAAGUGCAACUACUACAGCCCCGGAGGCGCAAAGAUGGACAAGGAUAAGGUCCACUUUCCGCAAACAACAGAUAUCGAUAAGAUCGAAGACUCCGACGAAGAAGACUACUCGGCCAGCGUGAACGCCAUAAUUCAGCGCAGGGCCUCAACAAGAAAAUCCCGGCGCCGCAGCAGCCGAAGGGCGAGCUCGCCCUUCAGCCCCGACAUCCUACUAGGAAGCGAGAACGGCCGCCGACGCUCGUCGGUUUUUACCACGAGUUCCGGCGACACCGCAAUAACAAUGGACGACGGCGUCGUAACUCAGGACGAGAUCUUCGAGAACAUCAAACUCCACAAGGAAGUUCUCGGCAACGUGAAAAUGCAGCCGUGGAACAUGAGGAAGAAGCUGAAGCUGGUCGUCCAGGCGAAAACCUACAUAAAAAAGCACGAGGGUGCCCUUCAGGAGCGGCUGGCGCAGAGCCGAUCCACCAGGGACAUGCUGGCGAGGUGGAACAUUUAUCUUAUAAAAAAGUGGCAGCGUUACCGCCGCGAACUGGCCAAUUUGUCCAAUUGGCUGGUGCCGUGGGAGCUCAAGAUAAAGGAGAUCGAGUCGCACUUCGGCUCGGUGGUGGCGUCGUAUUUUCUUUUUUUGAGGUGGCUGUUUUGGGUUAACAUCGUGCUGGCGGUGGUGCUGAUCUCGUUUGUGGCCGUGCCUGAGUUGCUGACCGCCGUCCCCGACCCCCGCAAAAACGUCCUGAAGGAAGACAGAUACAACUCCACCAACUUCCAAACCCUGUGGGAUUUCGGGGGCGUGUUCAAGUACUCUCCGCUUUUCUACGGCUGGUACACGUACAAAGAAUCGAAAAAGAGCGGCUACCGUUUGCCCUUCGCCUACUUCAUAACCGGCCUCGUCGCCUAUGCCUACAGCUUCAUCGCCACUUUGCGGAAGAUGGCGGAAAACUCUCGUAUGUCUAAGCUUUCAGAAAAGGAUGAUGAAUGCAUUUUCUCGUGGAAACUCUUCACGGCCUGGGAUUACAUGAUUGGGAACGCGGAAACGGCGCAUAAUAGAAUAGCCUCGAUUGUCGUCGGCUUUAAGGAGGCUUUGCUGGAAGAAGCCGAAAAGAAGAGGGAAUCCAGAAACUGGAAGAUCACAGGAUUCAGGAUACUCGUAAACACCGUCGUGUUGGGGCUUUUAUUUUUCUCGGCCUUUGCGGUUGUUUUGGUUGUUAAGAGAUCUACGGAACCGGAAGCUAGGAAGAGCGUCUGGAGGAGUAAUGAGAUCACCUUUGUUAUGACCUUUAUUUCUAUAUCGUUUCCGAUGAUAUUCGAGGGGCUGGGAUUUCUUGAACAAUACCACCCGAGAAAACAAUUGCGGUUGCAGCUUGCGAGAAUCAUGGUCCUCAACCUCCUCAACCUCUACUCUCUCAUAUUCGCCCUCUUCGACAAAAUCAGCGACAUGGAGCCAGAAAUCGAAUCCUUCAAACGAAACCUAACCACAGCGAACACGAGCCUCCAAGUGGUCCAUUCAGCGGAAAUGCGAUGCUACAACAUAUGCAGUUCCGACACCGAUACUCUCAAAGCGUUCAAUUUAGUAGCGGCCAUUGCUACCAAUGUUUCAUCUACAAUGUAUCCAAUUAUGCAGAAAGCACUGAAAAGUGCGACUACACCGUCUGAUAAUGAAACCAUCGGCGCGGAAUUUACCUUUCCAGGAAUCUACUCGAGUUCAACGGAUGCGUAUGAAAAUUAUACAGACGACGUUUUAACGAGCGGUGGAAAUUUCACCGAGUUCGUGGACGCGACACAAUCGAGUGUAUAUUUGGAGGAAGAAACGACCGAAGGGGAUUUUACUUCCGUUGUCAAUUUUCCUUUAACCACGCCAAAAUCGACGGGCGACGACGACGACGAUGAGUAUUAUUACUAUGACGACUUGACACCCAAACCUCCGGAUACCACCACCACCAGCACCACCACAACCACCCCCACUACCACCACCACCCCACCCGAAACCACCACAACCCGCAAAAUCUGCAAAGAAGUGUGUAAUCAUAUCGUACCAUCUGACAAUCUAACAACCACCAUUGCCACAAUCAUAGACGAAACAAGUCUAAACUAUUCCACCAGACGUAGAUUGCGAAAUCUGUGUUGGGAAACCAUGUUUGGUCAAGAACUGAUCAAACUCACAGUCAUGGAUUUGGUGAUGACCGUUCUGUCCACCCUCGCUAUGGACUUCCUCCGGGGUAUUUUCGUCCGGGUGAUGAACCGCUGCUGGUGCUGGGACCUAGAGAAGAAAUUUCCCCAAUACGCCGACUUCAAAGUCGCAGAAAACAUUCUACAUCUAGUCAACAAUCAAGGUUUGGUUUGGAUGGGCAUGUUCUUCUCUCCCGGUCUGGUGGUCAUGAACGUCGCCAAACUCUUCAUAAUGAUGUACUUCAGAGCCUGGAUUGUCUUGACGUGUAACGUCCCGCACGAAAUUAUCUUCAGAGCUUCUAGAUCUAACAACUUCUACUACGCGCUACUACUCAUGAUGCUGUUCUUGUCGGUUCUACCAGUCGGAUACGCAAUCGUGCGCAUACCACCAUCCGGGAAUUGUGGCCCUUUUUCCAACCAUCAACGAAUAUUCCACAUUCUUACCCAAACCAUCAAGAACAACGUACCCAAAAUCGUGCGGGACGUUCUAGAUUACAUAGCGUCCCCGGGGAUCGUCAUCCCGUUGCUUCUGCUUCUGGUGCUCAUCAUUUACUACCUGGUGUCACUGACAAGUGCGCUGAGGGAAGCCAAUGUUGAUCUUAAGAUUCAACUACGACGAGAGCGUACUGAAGAAAGACGAAAAAUGUUUCAAAUAGCAGAUAGAAGACGGAAAGGAGCACCCGGAGGU